AUGGACCUGGAGGACCACAGCACUGCCUCCCCACAAGUGUACUUCAUUCAACAUCCAAUUGCUCAGCAGCCAGAGGUGACCAUUCUCCAGCAGAUGCCGUGGACACUUCCUCAGUCCAGCUGCACAAGCCACAUCAGAGAAAAUUUAAUAGAGCUCAUGAUGAUACAAAAUGCCCAGAUGCAUCAAGUGAUAAUGAACAAUCUGGCUAUGUCAGCAGCAGCAUGCUUUGAAUCCAACCUGACACAGCAGAUGCCCCUUAUCCCCUGGCAGACAGAGGAUGAAGAAGAGGUUGAUAUGGUAUUCCACCACCAUUAUGCACCCUAUCCAAGCAUCCUUCCAUUCAGAACAUGGCAACCCCCAUCUCAGUCCUCAGUUUUAACCCAGCAGCAGCCAAUCAUUCGCCAUGUGGGCCCAGACCUUCAGUCAACUGGGAGACAAGAUGAUGGUCAAGUGGUACCCCCACCCCCACCUCCAAGUGCCACUGGAACAGUGACAGCUGAUGUCCUACCAGCUUCAGAAUACUAUGACUACACUGAGCAAUGGAGAUGA